GCGCUCUCGUCGCUUUGGCUGUCCCGGCGGCGCUAACUUAACCGCCCCGCCCGCUGCCGACGUCCGACAUGCUGAGCCGUUCUCUGCUGUGCCUGGCCCUGGCCUGGAUGGCCAGGGUGGGCGCCGACGCCCCGGAGGAGGAGGACAACGUCCUGGUGCUGAAGAAGAGCAACUUCGCAGAGGCGCUGGCGGCGCACAACUACCUGCUGGUGGAGUUCUAUGCCCCAUGGUGUGGCCACUGCAAAGCCCUGGCCCCUGAGUAUGCCAAAGCUGCCGCGAAACUGAAGGCAGAAGGUUCUGAGAUUCGACUAGCGAAGGUGGACGCCACGGAAGAGUCUGACCUGGCUCAGCAGUAUGGCGUCCGUGGCUACCCUACAAUCAAGUUCUUCAAGAAUGGAGACACAGCCUCCCCUAAGGAAUACACAGCUGGCAGGGAAGCUGACGACAUUGUGAACUGGCUGAAGAAGCGAACAGGCCCCGCUGCCACAACCCUGUCUGACACUGCGGCUGCAGAGUCCUUGGUGGACUCCAGUGAGGUGGCCGUCAUCGGUUUCUUCAAGGACUUAGAGUCAGACUCUGCCAAGCAGUUCUUGCUGGCAGCCGAGGCUAUUGAUGACAUACCUUUUGGAAUCACGUCCAACAGUGGUGUGUUCUCCAAGUACAAACUGGACAAGGAUGGAGUGGUCCUCUUUAAGAAGUUUGAUGAAGGCCGCAACAACUUUGAGGGUGAGGUCACCAAGGAGAAGCUGUUAGACUUCAUUAAGCAUAAUCAGCUGCCUUUGGUCAUUGAGUUCACUGAACAGACAGCCCCAAAGAUUUUUGGAGGUGAAAUCAAGACCCACAUUCUGCUGUUCCUGCCCAAAAGUGUGUCUGACUACGACGGCAAGCUGAGCAACUUCAAGAAGGCAGCCGAGGGCUUCAAGGGCAAGAUCCUGUUUAUCUUCAUCGACAGUGACCACACUGACAACCAGCGCAUCCUUGAGUUCUUUGGCCUGAAGAAGGAGGAGUGUCCAGCUGUGCGGCUUAUUACCCUAGAGGAAGAGAUGACCAAGUACAAACCGGAGUCAGAUGAGCUGACAGCUGAGAAGAUCACAGAAUUUUGCCACCGCUUCCUGGAGGGCAAGAUCAAGCCUCACCUGAUGAGCCAGGAACUGCCUGAAGACUGGGACAAACAGCCAGUCAAAGUGCUUGUUGGGAAAAACUUUGAAGAAGUUGCUUUUGAUGAGAAAAAGAAUGUCUUUGUCGAAUUCUAUGCUCCUUGGUGUGGUCACUGCAAGCAGCUAGCCCCCAUUUGGGAUAAACUGGGAGAGACCUACAAGGACCAUGAGAACAUCGUCAUUGCUAAGAUGGACUCGACAGCCAAUGAGGUGGAAGCCGUCAAAGUGCACAGCUUUCCCACCCUCAAGUUCUUCCCAGCCAGUGCCGACAGGACGGUCAUUGAUUAUAACGGUGAGCGGACACUAGACGGUUUUAAGAAAUUCCUGGAGAGUGGUGGCCAGGAUGGUGCUGGAGACGACGAUGACGUGGACCUAGAAGAGGCUCUGGAGCCCGACAUGGAGGAGGACGACGAUCAGAAAGCCGUGAAGGACGAGCUGUAGUGGAGGAGCAGUCGGACGCCUGAGCCCAGACCUCGGGGGCCCGUGCUCCCCGCAGCCCACAUCUCCGGAGCCUGAGCCUCACCUAAGGAGGGAGUGCCAUCAGAACCCAGGGAGUCUUUCUGAAGCCACACCCAUCCAACACACGUGCACCUAAACCUGUCUCUUUUGCUUUUCAAUUUUGAAAGGGAUCUCUCUCCAGGCCAGCCCAUCUUAAAGAGCUAUCUUUUGGUGUGUUUUUGUUUGUUUGUUUGUUUUUGAUUUUUUUAAUUGUGAUGUAUUUUUUUUAUAUGUGGAUUUUUGUCCCAAGUGCUCACUAAAAUGUUUGGGGAUCUCACACUGGUAAUAUCGUUCCUGUUAGAGAUUUCAUCUUUCACUGCUCCACCGUGCAAGGCCUCCCUGAGACUCCUGCCUCUGUGGGAGCGGUGGACCUGGGUGGACAGUCACUCUCCGCCUGCCUUGCACUAGUGUUGCCGUGGCAGCGUGGCUUUUGUAGAUUUCAGUUAACCAUGGGACUCACGCAUCCUGUCAGAGGGUGGGUCCCUCACGUGUGGAAGAGACGGUGUGGCUGGCGGCUGGGCCCAGGCCAGGCCUGGACAGCUCUCACUCUUCAGUCAGGACUACCAACCAGCCGGCCAUGGGCACAUCACUCUGGCUGCUGGAUUUGCUUCCAGCAUGGCCUGUGGCCUGCGUGAGGCAGAACUGGGACCCUUGAUUCCCAGACUGGGAGUCAGCUAAGGACUCUGGGACUGAAUCAAACGCCCAUUCUUGAGGCAUUUCUACCAUAAUAUUGGAAUUGAACACAUUGGCUAAAUAAAGUUGAAAUUUUACUA